GAAGACCCAGGAAUGGCCUCUGCUCAUUUCUGCUCUGAGGAGGACUUCUCCUGUUCCAUCUGUCUGGAUGUGUUCAAGCGCCCAGUCUCCACACCAUGUGGACACAACUUCUGCAGAACCUGUAUUAUAACAUUCUGGGAUGAGCAAGUCCAGUACAACUGUCCUUUUUGCAACGAGCUGUUCCACACAAGACCUGUUUUACGGGUUAAUACCUUCAUAUCAGGGAUGGUUGAUCAGUUUAGAAGUUCUGUACGAGUCAAAGAGCAGCCUUGCGUUGAACCCGGAGAAGUUCCUUGUGACGUCUGUACUGGGACCCAGCUGAAGGCAGUGAAGUCCUGCCUGGUGUGUUAUACCUCUUACUGCCAGACCCACCUGGAGCCACAUCAGAGAGUCUCCCAUCUGAAGACACAUCAGCUGGUCGACCCUUUGGACUGUCUGAAAGACAGGAUGUGUAAGAAACACGACCGCCUCCUGGAGCUCUUCUGUCAGACUGACCAGGUGUGUGUGUGUGUGUUGUGCACAGUGACAGACCACAAGUCACAUCCUGUUGUACCUCUGAAGGAGGAAUAUGAAGUGAAGACGGCCCAGCUGGGGAAGAUAGAGGCUGAAGUUCAGCAGAUGAUCAAGGAGAGACAAGGAAAGAUUAAAGACAUCAUAGGCACGGUGGCCCACAGCAAAGCAGACGCAGACAGAGAGAUAGCCGAUGGUGUGCAGGUCCUCACUGCUCUGAGGCGCUCUGUUGAAAAGUGUCUGGAUGAUCACAACAAAACGGUUCAAGAGAAACUGAAAUCAACAGAGAAAGAAGCUGAAGGCCUCAUCAAAGAGCUGGAACAGGAAAUAAAAGAUCUGACCAAUAGAAGCUCAGAGGUGAAGCAGUUCACCCAAACUGAAGACCACUUCCACAUCCUCCAGACCUUCAGAUCCCUGAAGGAUCCUCCACCCACCAGGGACUGGACGACGGUGGAGGUCCGUCCUCCAUCAUACGUUGGGACCUUGAGGAGAGCCCUGGAUCAGCUGGAGGAGACACUGAACAUGGAGGUGAAGAAGAUGCCUGACCUGAGAUCAGCUCUGCACAAGUAUGGCUGUGACCUCACACUGGACCCCAACACGGCCCACAGACGACUCUCUCUGUCUGAGGACAACAGGAAGGUGACGGCGGUUGGAGUGGACCAGUCGUAUCCGGAUCACCCAGACAGAUUUGACUACUGGCCCCAGGUGUUGGGUAGAGAGGCUCUGACUGGCCGCUGUUACUGGGAGGUAGAGAGGGAAGGAGGGGUUGUUAUAGGAGUGACAUACAGAGGAAUCACAAGGAGAGGAGGGGGUGGUGACAGCAGGCUUGGACGGAACAACAAGUCCUGGGGUCUUUAUUGUUCUGAUGAUGGUUGCUCUGCCCGGUACAACGGUAGAGAGACAGUCCUCCCCCUCCGCCCCGCUGGCUCCACCAGAGUAGGAGUGUAUCUGGACCGGCCUGCUGGCUCUCUGUCCUUCUACAGAGUGUCCCCAGGUGGAGGAGGGUCCUCAGACACACUGACACACCUCCACACCUUCUGGUCCUCCUUCACCCAGGAGGACCUCCUCCCGGGGUUCUGGGUAUGGUCGGGGUCAGCGUCUCUGGGGCUCCCGGGGCUCCCGGGGCUCCUGGGGCUCCUGGGGCUCCCGGGGCUCCUGGGGCUCCUGGGGCUCCUGGUCUCAGUCCCUCUCGGGGUUCUGGGGGGUUCACGUCAUCACGUUCUGGGGGGGCAGCGUCUCUGUGAUCCUUUGUAGAAAAAUGGGGGGGGGGGGUGUUAAAAAGUGUUUGUUUGUUAAAAAGACCCCUCCGCCCCCGGCGCACACAAACACCAACGCACGCACACACACACGCACACACACACACACACACACAUACACAGACACACACACACACAUACACACACACGCACACACACACACAGACACACACAUACACACACACACGCAAGCACGCACGCACGCACGCACACACACACAUACACGUUCACACACACUAACACACACAUACACAUUCACACACAUACAUACAUACAUACACACACACACACACACACACACACACACACACACACACACACACUGAGAGGACUGAUGACUCUGUCUCUGUGGCAGUUAUAGUCUCUCUCUCACAAACACACACACACACACACACACAUACACUAAAAACACACACACAGACAUAAAAAAAAUAAAAAAACACACACAUACACACACACACAAAAAAACACACACAGACAUACACACGCGCACACACACAAAAACACACAUACACAAAAACACACUCACACAUACACACACAUUGAGAGGGCUGAAGACUCAGUGGGCCCUAUCUUGCAUCUGGCGCAAGUGACUUAGUCACUGGCGCAUGUGUCGUUGCUAGUUUACAACUGGCGCAGAGCGUUCUUUUCCCACCACCGCCACUCGCCGGUAAAUUAGGGAUUGAUCAUGCGCCCCAAGGGGCGGUUCGGCGGAAGGAGGAGGCGUGUUCUGGCGCAAACGGUAUUUUGCCGUUUCUGAAUACCAUUGCGCUACUGACCAGGAAAUACCUGGUUUAAAGUCAGUGGCGCGUUGUUCAGAUGCUAUUUUAAGGGCGCAUGCAUACAUGCGCAUGCGAUGCAUACGGAUUGCUUGUGCACCUCGCGCAUACACUUUGCUUCUCCCAUCUACCUAGCCGCACAUUCUUGGUAAAUUAUUUGGGAAAGAACAGCUGAUGCAGCGGUAAUAAGUUGUACUUUUAAAUCAAUGCAUCUGCAAACACCGUACAGCAAACACAUAUUUUCUUGACAGAGACAUCGUGUAGGCCUACAUGCCCAUAACUUUUAGGAUUGAUGAGUAUUUGAUCGUGAAAAACAUUGUUUUACCGCCAGUGAGUGUUAAAAAGAAUGAAUGAAUGCGGGCGUGUGUGUGUGCUUUGUUUAAACACACACAAACUAAACACGUAACGCAUAAUACAAUCAAUGGCAAUGUCUAUUACCGCGGGGACACAUGCAUAUUAGGAUAGCAUACAAUACUGAUAAGAAACAAUGUUUAUAAUGUAUUGCGUAUAUCAUUAAAUAGAACCACAGUUACCGCAUAUCAUAUGUUAUAUCAUAUACGUUUUCUUUGCCGAAAUUAAUUUGAGGGCUCAGUAUUUCUGAAGUUGUGGAAGAAAACCCCUUAUUCCAUGUGUGAAUUAGGCCAUAUUAUUUGGCAAUAAACUGAGCCAUUUGCAGUUUGAAAUUCAUGUGCAUCUGUCUCAUCGGAGACUGCAGACGCGCUGUCAAAAUAUCAACUCGUCCGAUUCAAAUGCGCUCAUGGCUCUUAAAGGGGAUGGGAGCUGGCACUCUCAUUGGUUUGUUGGACGUUACGCCCAAACCACACCUACGGGUAACUAGGCUGCUUCAGACCAACCCUUUUGACACUUGCUCCGCGACGCAAAUGUCAUUUAUCCGCCUGUAAAAUAGCGAUAGCGCCGUAGAACCGCCCACAAAGCUACUUGCGCUUUUCGCUUCCCACUUGCGUUUCAGACCGUUAAAAUAGGGCCCAGUGUCUCUUUGGCAGUUAUAGUCUCUCUCUCUCUCUCUCUCUCUCUCUCUCUCUCUCUCUCUCUCUCUCUCUCUCUCUCUCUCUCUCUCUCUCUCUCUCUCUCUCUCUCUCACUUCUUUAAAGUAUAGCAUGAUAAA